AUGGCUGUAUUUGUUCCUAAACUUUGUCCCCUUAAGGACUACCAAGACCUAUUGAAGGGAAUCCGGGAGAUGGGGGGGGGGGAUGGGGGGGGCUCUGAUGGAAAGUAUAAGUGUGUCAAGACCAAAAUCCGAGUGGUUAAAGACGGAGUUCAGAUUACUGCACACUCGACAUUCAUUUUCAACCUACUAGACAAGGAGGUCCUCCUGAAUGAAGACCAAGUAGGUCAUUAUUCCGAUCCUUCCUACCAAGAUCUGAUUUGUGAAAAAAUUCCUACCUUCUUUGCUUUUGUGCGGGGCCAGAGUAAACCUGGUCUCGAGCUUGCCUUUACAGCUGAAGCUAAGAGACCAGUUUAUUUACCGAUCAAUCGGUCUGUGGCAGCAGGGGUCAUCUUAGCAUUUUACAAUGGCAUGAGAGAUCCUGUCGAGAAAAUCAUGUCAAUGUAUGGGGCAGAUACAGAAGAUGCUUCGGAUGAGAUAAGUAGAAUUCUCGUCACAUACUACAUGUGCUGUCUAAAAUAUUUAACAGGUGUCGAUUUGAAUGAUGUUGUGGUGGAAGGUUCAAAUGAGAACCUCGCGUUCAUGAUAGAUGAUCAAACCUGCGUUCCCACUGUUCUCCAAGACAAGUACUUGAGACUUAAGGAAACUGAAAUCCCGAUACAUCAAGGGACAGUAGCUUUUCAUGCUGUAUAUGGGGCUUAUGUUCUGUGCCGCCCGGUUGCUAAUAAGCAGGAAUUCAGACAAUGGAUUUUGAAAAGAUACAAUGCUUUUCUAUCUUCCAUCCAUGAAACUACAGAGUUAAAUAUCCAAAUGGAUCUCCAAGCAGGAGGUACAAGGGUAAAUAAUUUGGCUAUAUCGAGGCCAACUCUAAGGAAAGCUGUGUUCAAUAUAAUUAAGGGCAAUUACACUGAUAUCAGGACAGCUGCCAUAAAAAAUCACGUAAAAAUGUUAACAGCACUUUCAGGAAUGACCACAUACUCCCUUGUACAGCGUGUCAUAGCUACGGGUGGUAGUAUCCUUUUCAUGAAGCCACUUCCCUCCCAGAUCAUAAGUUUCAUGGCGGAAAAGAAGGAAAUAGAAGAUUUAAUAACUGAGAAAGGUUACAACAAGGAUGAAAUAAUCUUUAUUCAUCUGUUCAUGCCUAAUAUCCAAUGCUUUCGGUCAGCUCAAUAUGCUGAUCUGGUUGUGACAGCUAGUGCCAUUGAGGAACACACAUAUCCGAGUAGCAAGACCCUGGAGAGGUACCGUGCUAAGACAGAAGGGGUAACGAUCAACAUAAAGCAUGUCAAAGCGUUCCUUGCUGCUCAGUCAACGAGCAUAAGUUGCUCGAUUGAUGGGGACACUAAAGAGAAGAUGAGGGAACUCUUCGGAGACUCAAUGGAGGCGAUGCUCGAAGAUGCAGAGCGGGUUGUCAAAAUCAUAAAUAGACAGGCACGACUGGAGUCCAUCUAA